AAUCCGAGAUAGCCGAUGUAUCACGAUUGCGAUAUUACUUACAAAUUUUUUAAUGGAGAUAAAAACCGGAAGCGAAUUGAAUGUCAAAACUAACAUAACCACACAUUUGAGAGCAGUCAAUCAUGUCUGGUGAUUCUUUAAAAUUUCAGAAACACAGAACACAACGACAGCUCAGUAAGGAUGACAUUGCAAAUCAGUCACGUUUAUUACUGCACAAUUUCAUUGGUGAGCGCCUUGAGAAAGAAAAUGUCGAGCACAAGCCAAAGUUAGAGGAUCUACAAGAACCAGGCACACCUUCAGGUCCCCCUCUUGAACACUUCAAAGAAAUUGGCUCAGCACUGAGAUUUAUAGCAGAUGAACUUGACCAGGACAAAAGAAUUCACAACAUUAUAGAUAAAGUGCCGCCAAACGCACCUCGGGAAACGUUCUUCAAUGUAGCCAAUGAUUUCUUCCUGGAUGGGGUCAUAUCAUGGGGCAGAGUUGCCACACUCUUCUAUUUUGGCUAUAAAAUGAUCUUAAAGGCACUUGACAAGGUAGCACUCAUCAGGGCAAUAAUAAACUGGGUGAUCAAUUUCAUAGUGGAUAAAUUUGCACCCUGGAUCAUCUCCAGAGGAGGAUGGGAGGCAAUUAGAGAAUAUUUUGGGACUCCGGGAUGGCAGGUGGCUGGUGUAUUAAUUGCUGGAUUGACGGUGGCAGGGGCGGUCGUAGCAUACGGGAAGCGUUAGGCAGGGAUAUUAGGAUUUAAGCAAUACUAAUACUCUGCACAUGUGUAUAGUUCUAACAUCACUUGUACAGUCUUUUAAUUUAUGUUGGAAGAAAAUGUUAUUUCAGGGAAAACAAAGCAUGUUUUUUAUUCACUUUAGAGGUGAACUAUAUCCCCACAAAUAUAAGUACUGGUGGAGAUGUGAAAGUCAUAAUCAAUUUAUAGAGACUAACUUGUACAUUUCAGCUGUAUAAACUUGUACUGGACUUCCAGUGUUGUUUUUUAUCACAAUUUUAGGAAUUGGGCCAAGGGAUUCGUAAAAUUGUGUGGUUUUGAAUACAAUUGUGAAAUU